CAUUCUUUAAAAAAAAAGAAAGAAAGAAAAUACCAGGGCAUUUAAUGCUUGUUUGCACAUGAAAUUCCUUUCCCAAUUAAAUUAAAAAGUGUUUUUUAAAGAAAGUAAAGACUUGAGCUUUGAUUGCAGAGCUUGAAAACAGGAAUAAAGUGAAGGAAGGGAAUAGUAGCAGGGGAGGAGGGGGAAGUCACAGCAGCAUUUUAACCGGGGAUAGGAGGAAAGUUGGAGCCUCCUAUGAGAGUGAGAGCACCGAGACCUGCUGCUUAAGUUGCCACACGUGACAGCAGCUUGAAGUCAACUCAAAGUCAACAACCAAAAAAAAAAGAAAGAAAUCAACGUUGCAGCAGCUCCCUCCUUUAGAUUGUUUUGCCUGCACCUUUUGCAUACAGCUGGCUGAGCAGAAGGCAGCAGCAGCAGCAGCUCUGAAACACUCUGAUGAGAACUGUGGGAAAGGGAAGAGACGACCACAAUAUCCCCUUCGCGGAAGCAUGCAUUCUGCAGUCCAUCCCAAGAAUCUUUCCGGCAAGGAAGCAAGCACUGCUGUAUCUGACAUGCCUCUAACACAGGAGCCUCUGAUAGUUUGAAGGCAAAAAACAAAAACAAAACCCAAGCAAGAAACCUACAAGGACAUCAGGAAAGGGAGGCGGCUACAUAAAAGGCUCUUUGAAAAGAAUCCAUUCUGGACAGAGCCAUUUGGGUGAAGGUGCCUUUAUAAAGAUUCCCUGUUUGCACAGAUAAAAGGAGUCAGCAAGAAGUAUCCUGGAUAAUUCUUCAGGGGUCUUUUUGUCAUUGUUUGCAUUUUUUUUCCCUCAUACAUCGCUAUGUGCUGACCUUUUCCAAUGGAAUUUGAGUCCCCUGCUACUCUACCCACAGUUCCAGCUGAGAGGAAGAGCUCUUUUCUCCCACCCCCCCAUCACCACUCCCUCCUUCCUCCUGCAGACACUUCCAUUUGAAUAGAAGAUAUAUCUUUUCGCUGACAUUCUUUUGUUGUGACAUGGCAUAACAGACAGUUGUCUCACAGCAGGAAAUUAAGGAAAAAGAGCAAAGGAAUUAGAAAGACAGAAAGAAAUUGUCCCCAGAGGAGAACUGAAGCAGGAAAGAUAACAUUAAAAAAAUUAAAACUCUAUGAAGAUCUAGAAGAUCCGAAAUCUUCAAGCUCUAGAAUAAAAAUGUACUAUAAAAAGCUCCCAAGCAGCCCAUAACAAUGAACAGUCAUGGUGUUUCGUCUGGCUGCAGCUUUUAAAAGAAAGCUUUGAGGGUGAAAGUGGGGCCCUGGCCUAUAUGAUGCCUGAAGAUAAAAAUGCUGGGGUCCGCACAUCAGGUGCCUUAGCAUCAGCUCCUUUCAUUCCUAAAACUACCUAUAGGAGAAUUAAACGGUGUUUUAGUUUUCGCAAAGGUAUUUUUGGACAGAAGCUGGAAGACACGGUACGAUAUGAGAAGAGGUAUGGGAAUCGUCUGGCUCCCAUGUUGGUGGAACAAUGUGUGGAUUUUAUCCGACUGCAGGGCCUGAAAGAAGAAGGACUUUUUAGACUUCCAGGCCAGGCUAACCUUGUCAAAGAGUUACAGGAUGCAUUUGAUUGUGGAGAGAAGCCAUCAUUUGACAGCAAUACAGAUGUGCACACAGUGGCAUCACUGCUCAAGCUGUAUCUAAGAGAACUCCCAGAACCAGUUAUUCCCUAUGCAAAGUAUGAGGAUUUUCUUUCCUGUGCCAAGCUCCUCAGCAAGGAGGAAGAAACGGGGCUGAAGGAAUUAGUGAAGCAAGUAAAGAGUCUUCCACCUGUUAAUUUCAGUUUGCUGAAGUACAUCUGUAGAUUCCUGGAUGAGGUCCAGUCCUAUUCUGGUGUAAACAAAAUGAGUGUGCAAAAUCUAGCAACUGUCUUUGGUCCCAACAUCCUGCGCCCAAAAGUAGAAGAUCCUCUGACCAUCAUGGAGGGUACUGUAGUGGUCCAGCAACUAAUGUCAGUGAUGAUAAGCAAACAUGAAGAGCUGUUUCCCAUGGACACAGACCUUCAGGCAGGGGAGCAGGUAUGCAACAACAACAAUGAGAUUCCGAAGAAAAUAAUCAUUGGUCAACUGCAGAACAAGGAGAACAAUAACACCAAGGAAACAGCAGUGAGGCACUGUUCUUGGGACAAAUCAUGGUCUCCCAAGAGGGGAAGCAUGGAUAAUGGGUCUCCUACAGCCCUGCCAGGGAGCAAAUCAAAUAGCCCAAGAAACAGCAUUCAGAAACUUGAUGUCACAAAAAGCCCACCUCUCAUGGUAAAAAAAAAUCCAGCCUGUAAUAAAGGCAGUGGCAUAGUCACCAAUGGGUCCUUCAGCAGCUCUGCGGAAGGCCAUGAGAAGACCCAGACCUUACCAGAUUGUAUGCUGCAGGCCAGGAGGACAUCAUCCUUAAAAGGACCAGUUACUAAACUGGGCAUGCACAGUGUGCAGAAUGGAGGAGUGCGCAUGGGCAUUUCCAGCACAGAUGGGCACAGCAAUACUCUGAACAGCCAGACUGCAACCUGGAUGCCCAAUGGGUAUGUCACUCUUAGGGACAACAAGCAAAAGGAGUCAGUGAGUGACUCUGGGCAGCACAAUAGACUCUCCACCUAUGACAAUGUCCACCAGCAGUUCUCCAUUGUGAACUCUGAUGAUAAGCAGAGCGUAGAUAGUGCCACUUGGUCCACAUCCUCUUGUGAAAUAUCCCUUCCUGAGCACUCCAACUCUUGUCGAUCAUCUACCACCACCUGCCCUGAACACGACUUUUAUAGGGGUAAUUUUGAAGACUCAGUGUUAGAUGGACCACCACAAGAAGCCCUCUCUAACCAAGGAGACUUCGAAAGUAAAAGUGACAGAAGAAGUGUAGGGGGAUGCAACAGCCAGGCUACCAGCAGCAGUGACAACAGUGAAAUGUUUGUAGUGAACAAUACCAACAGUCACAGUGCUCUGCACAGCCUUGUGUCCAGCUUAAAGCAGGAGAUGGCAAAACAAAAGCUUGAGUAUGAAACAAGGAUAAAGAGCUUGGAACAGAGAAAUCUCACCCUGGAGACAGAAAUGAUGACCCUUCAUGAAAUGCUGGAUCAAGAGAGGAAAAAAUUUACAAUGGUAGAAAUCAAAAUGCGCAAUGCAGAGCGGGCAAAAGAUGAUGCAGAGAAAAGGAAUGAUAUGCUACAAAAAGAGAUGGAGCAGUUUUUCUCAACAUUUGGGGAACUGGCUGUGGAACCUCACAGACCAGAGACAGGCAAUUCUGUAUGGAUCCAAUAAGCAUUCAUAAUCAAAACUGUGGGAUUUUGGGAAGCAUUAGCUGGGUAUUAGACUGCAUCAGGUGGCUGGUCACCUGACUGAGGCUAGCACUCAACAUAAGGUUGUAAACCCUUGAAGGAAGAAACCAAACAGAAAUUAACUACCCCAUGUCUGCAACGUGUACUUAUCAAGUUAUAUUCUUUAAAUGUUUCAUGAUGCUACUGUCAAGUGUUACAACUGGAUAUGUGUAUAUAGAUAUAAAAAAAUCAUCCUAAAGAGAGCGAGAAAUGGAGCUCAAGAGAUAUUUUAAUGCAAGGCUUGUCUUUAAAUUUGUACACUGAAAUGUUGUUGCAAUCAAGCUUUAUAUCAAGGCACUUAACAUAAUAAAGUAUUUUUGGCAUUGUGUUACCAUCA